GUGAAAGUUCAGCUGACUGGAUACACUUCUUCCAUCAACAAUCUAAAGUAAAGGUAAGCUUCUUAUUUACCGAGAACAGAUAAAACGGUAAAUGACUUGUUUUAGUUGUGUGUCAAACGUUUUUAAACAGCCUGGGACAUCAGGGUGCAAAGAAAGUCGGUUUUACGGCUUACCAUUCGGGCAAGUUGUUGCUAGUAUGUACUAACCCAAGAGUCUUUAUUAAAGUAGCCCCAAAAAAUUUUGGAUGAGCACCAUUGAUUGCAGUUCUUCUGUAAUUUGAAUUUCCCAAAAGCCAGUUAAGAACAGGAUUCACUAGCCCGAUUGCAAAAUCCACCAGCCCCGGGCUAUCGCACACGACUUUGUUUGCACGCUGUGAUUAUUACUAUAAUUUAUGCAGCUCGGUGUUUGAGCGCGACCAUUCAACCAAAUUUUCGACCGGUCCGACCGGGAAAAGUGGUCCACCUGAAAAGGUGGACCAGUUUUUUCGAAACUUUUCCGGUUGGACCGAACCGAUCCAUUGAGUUUUGGACCGAAAUUUCCGGAAAUUUUGGAUGAAUGGAUCGCGCCCCUUGUACAUGUUUUGUAUCCCGGGGUAGUGAUAUAUAUUUUCAUUACUUAGAGAGCUUGGAUCAACUUCUGAUCUAGUGAAUUCUAUUAAAAGCAUUGUUUACUGUUCAGUGCAGGCAGCUAUAAGACGACGGCGCCCGCCAGUUGAUCAUGGUAAUCAUGAGUAACGUGCAUUACCAUCCCUGUUAACAUGUGUUAAUGUAACUCUUUCGAUUCAAAACAGGGUGCAAAUUAAAGAAAGUCAUUUUUAAAGCUUGCCAUUCGGGCAAGCUGAAGCUAGAAUAUACUAGCCCAAAAGUCAUUUCAACUAGCCCCAAAAACAUUUUGAUGAGCAGAAUUGAUUUCACAGUUCUUCUGUAAUUUGAAUUCCUCAAAAACCUUCACUUGCCUUUCAGGCAAGUUAAGAUCAAAAUUCACUAGCCUGAUAGCAAAAUCUACUAGCCCCGGGCUAUUAGACACUACUAUCUUUGCAUGCGGCAAAAGUAUUGUUUGGUAUUGUUUGUUAAGUUAGUUUGAUUUCUUUAUUGUAUUUGCAUAUCGUAAUUUUAUAAAUGCUUUUAUAGAUUUACCCACUAUUAAUAGCGGGGCUCCCUCGCGCGCGAAGCGCGCGUGGGACAGAGCCCCAUACUCAUGGAAUAUGGUCAACCUCUUUUCUUUUGGUUGUCACGUGACUGACCGAGCGUACGUACGUACGUACGUACGUACGUGUCUACAGAUUGUACGGGUAGGGUAGGGGAGACUGUCAAAAGGAAGGGAGGGGUGUCUCAGGCGUGUCUUAGCAAAUCCACAUCUUUUACAUUGGCCAUUCACGAUAUGGCCAAUUGACAGCUGUCAAAACAAGAUAGCCACUGACCAGUAUCACAUUGCAAUAUCGGGGGCUCAUGUGUCAACUCAUCAAGGUGACGUGAGUUAUUUGGAAGCUGUCCGCUGACCAGUUGUUUUACUAGAUCGCGAUCAAUGUUCAAUCUCAUACUUUCUAGCUAGUUUGAGAGCACAGAAAAACUGAUAAUGCACACAUCCAUUAGACAUCAAUGUUUUGAUCAAUUGACAGCUGUCAAAACAGGGUAUCCGCUGACCAGUAUCACUUGACCGUAUCGCGGGCUCAGGUGUUAACCCAUCGAGGUCAAGUAUUUUUUUGAAGUUAUCCGCUGACAAGUUACUAGUUUUCAAAUGAUCGCAGGCUCAAGUUUGAUUUUUUUUCAUUCCUAUGAAAUAUGUUUUGUUUUUGGGCCGCACAAUUAAAAUUUUGAUUUAAAACUGACCUCGGACCCGAAAAUUCAGCCAGCUAUUACAGGCAAGACAGUUGCUUUUGACUUUGCUCACCAUGGUCACACGUUGGUCACGCUCUACAUCCAUUUUUAAGCUCUGAUUGGUCAAAAUUUGACAGGUGAGCUCAUGCGGAAAAUUUAUGCAGCAUUUUGAAUCUUGUUUACUUUGACAGCUGAAGCUGAGAGAGUUUUGUGUCAACUUGUGAUGUUUUUAACUGUCUUUUUCCACUGGAUGCACAAAAUGAAAUUUAGCUGCUAUCAGGAGCCUUCUGUUAUUCAUGGCUAGUUGGUUUUUGGUUGAGAAAUUAAUACAUCACUUGUCAAAGUCGGGAAUCCGAUUUCGGGUGUCAACGUUUUUGUCAGAUUUUUGUUUUUCACCUUGCUUGAUGCGCGUAGAGGCUGAAAACUCUGAAGCGAUACUGGCCUUCCUUGAUACCUUUCAGGAGCUGCAUCUCGAAUAGUAAGCCUCAGUAAUUAUUGUGUUUGAUGUUUGUUUUUUAUAUCUAAUUUAAAGAAGUCGAGCGUAUUUUAUGCGGCUAUGUAGUUUAUGCACGUUUGUAAGAUUUGAGACAAUUUGAUCUGACCACGAAUCAGGUAAACUUGAUAUAAGUUUACACAACUUUAAAAAGUCUAUAUUUAGUUAUAAUUCUGGCAGUAAAAGAAAGCUUUGAGCGAUUUUCUUGCCUCGAGUUCAUCUGUGAAAAAAGUAAAUACCGGGAAGCCGGCUUAAAACAUAAACUUUAUACGCUUUAAGCUUGAAGACUCUGGAUUUUUAGAGACACUUUAAUAUUUGUCUUCGUGAAUGAAAAAUGUUGUCUCUGUAUAUGUUUCGCCGAAUUAUAUUUCCUUUAUUGAUUGCUGGUAGUCUCUCUUGUAAUUUUAAUCGCUGUGCCGUUUGUUUUCAGUCGUUCAGUGAACAUCGCUUGCAGGAGUACUCAAAAUGCCGCGCGUAUCAAACGCUUUUAAAGAUUACAGAUCGAUAAAACCAUUAAAUAAAAAAUAAACAUAAUAAUUUCUUUAUUGUGUUGGAGCUUAACUCUAGUAUGUUCGUUCAAACAUUCGCUACAGCUCGCACUGCAAAAGUGAGAACCGGCUGGCUGUAUACGUGAUUUUGGACAUUUUUUUAACGGUUUAGCUAAAAGCCCACGCGUGCUUCGAUCGUCCUGAAUAUUGAAUGAAUGCAAUUUCUCUUGCAAAACUGUGAAAUACUGAAUUCUGUCUGAGGUCUGUAUGAUAAAAACAGUACCUCAUAGUACUGUUUCACCUCAGAUGUGAUGUAUAAAUGGUAUAAAAGGGUUGUUUACACGCAACCAGAUUUGUUGGCAAGAUUUUAUAAAGUAAACUUGUCGAACGCAAAAAAAUUCAACCAGAUUUUUUUUCCAGGCCUAAUUAAUCUUACGGUGAUCAAAAGCCAUUAUGGCUCUUAAAUGUGAUCGAAGAUGAUUGCUAUUUUUUUGGGUGUACAUAUGAGGUUAUCAACUCGAUGUAAGAUUUUGUUCACUCUUGGGCAGAUUGCAAAUUAUUUUUGUCUAAAAUCACUUAGCCUUUCCCUCAAAAGUCACAUGAAUGUGCUAUGUGCUCUUAAGUUAACUGAAUUGUGGAAUACAAGUUUAUUGUUUGAUUUAAAUUAUAAAUAUAUAAUGGGAGCGUCGCUUUUAGCCCUGGCUAAAUCUAUAUAUUAAUGUUCUAUACCAGAAACUAAGAUUGCAGAUGUUAAACUUUGUACAUGUAGGUUGCUAGGAACUCUGGAAUGUUUACCCUUGGAGAAUCAUCAUGGCAUUCAUUUUAAUCACAUGAUGCUUGUAUGUUGAAACAUCACAUAAGUAAAUACAGAUUAUUAAUAAUUGUGAUUAUAAUUUGUAUGAAAAAAGAAAACUAAUAAAUCAUGACACAGGAAAUAAAAAACAAGUCUCCCACUCACUUAGAAUUUCCAUUAACUCCCCUUAAGGUGGCUAUAGAUGGAUUUUUCUGGAACUAAACAAUUUCAUCUUUACCUUGCCUAGCCGAGUUUCUAAGAGAGAGUAGAUAUAUGUAAAUGUAAAUGUAAAUGUCGUGAUUGAGAGGACAAACAUACAUGUCCUCUUUACAUAGCUUUUUGCAGUGGGCUCGGACAUCAGCAUACUAAGGGAGCCGAUGGCAGCUGCUAUCAGUCCAUUUAUGAGCCCACUGAACCCUCCCAACCCAUGAUGAGUGAUGAUGUAAGUGAUGAAGAUAGACCACAACACCGGGAACUACGCCCCCUACUCUUUUCGAAUAGUGUGUGGGUUCUUUAACGUCCCACAGAGUUAUAUGUGAACAAGGUUUGUGAGACGGGACCUCCGGUUUAUAGUCCUUAUCCGAGAAGACUUGAAAGUCUAAUCAUUUGCAGAUGUCAUUACUAAGACAGCACUUUCUCCUCAGUUAUUUUUAAGACCCUGAGUGUUGGUCCGGCCAGGAUUCAAACUCGCAACCUCCCGCUCAGCAGACGGGCGCUCUCCCAACUGAGCUAACCACAGACUGCAUUCUACUAUGCUGACUGCAAAUUAUUUAGGACCAUGUUGUUAUUCUUCACAGCUGUAAAAAAAAGGUAAUGGACCUAAUAAAGAAUGGAUGGUUUUCUGAGGUCAAUGACGAAUGGCCAGGAGAAGCUUUUUCCCUUGAGGUCGAAGAAAUUCUUUACACAGGAAAAUCAAAAUACCAAGAUAUUUUGAUAUUUAAAAGGUAACAGAAGUAAUUUCAUCGUGAUAGGCAGCACGAUUUGACAUGUUAGAUUCAUAGAGAGACUUUAUCACACACUUGUGAUAACUUUUCCUGAUUAUUCAUUCAAUGAAUAUUGAUUUGAGGUGAUGCAUUUACAAGUAUAAUCAACCACUGUAACUCACUAAAAAAAGGAAAACGUUUAGGGAUAGAGUUUCAGGGGUUGACACAGACUAUUGCAUCCAGGUUUUGUCAUACAGCCAUUAAUAAUAAACAUAGUUGACCUAAAAAUGCACAAAUGGAUCACUUUGCUAGAUAUGAAUGAAUUAGUCCCACAUGAAGGUUGAGGUCAUCAAUGCCUAUAUAUUUGCAUCAACCUCUUAGAAGAGUUUUGGGGGAUGUUAAUUCCUGUUCAUGGUAAUUUUCCUAUCUUAGGUUAUAGAAAUAUAUGAUCAACCUACAUGUAAUUACCUCUGAAAUGUCUUUUAGUAAACACCACGGGAAAGUUCUCGUUCUGGAUGGAGUUAUUCAAUGCACUGAUAGAGAUGAAUUUUCUUAUCAAGAAAUGAUCACUUUUCUUCCACUCAAUUCCCAUCCUUGUCCCAAAAAGGUAAAAACUGAGCAUACAGAAGUUACUUCAAUCAACCUUCCAAGUUGUGACCAUUUUGGUCGCCAUGGCACCUAAAAUGUUUGAGCUGGCGACUUGAUCUGUAAAAAAGUCUCCCUUAACCAAAAGAGUUGGCGGAAUGGUGACUGAGCGAAAACCUUAACUUGGAGGGUUGUACUUGACUUGAGCUAGUUGGAUUUUACUAUUAAAAAUAAUUAUUCCUCCGUCGUAACUUAGUUUAUUUGAGAUUAACAUUUUCAACAUUUUAAUGUCACCUGUGAUAGUUUAAUAUUUGGUCAUUUAGCAAUGCACUAUUAAACCACAAGCACAGUCUUAAAGAAGUGUACCAUUAUUUUUUGGAACUGUCAUUAUUUUGUUCAAAAGCAUUUUGUAGCUUAUAUUUUUUCUUUUUCGUUAUAGUGUCAACAGUAUAAUAUCGUUAAUUGAUUAAUUUAAUGUAAUUUACCUAAUAUGAUCUGACCUGACUGGUGGAUUGUAUUUUAAUGCAUGGUGUUUUUUUUAAUCAUCAUGUUUAUGGUCAACCCUUAAUCAUCAUACAGUAGUAUUCUAACUUUAAUACUGUUGCUCAACACUUAUACUAAAUUAUUAGUUUAUUGCUGAAACCGUCAUUUUGUCUUUUUCAGGUUCUUGUUAUCGGUGGUGGAGAUGGAGGAGUCAUAAGAGAGGUGUCCAAGCAUCCAGCCGUUGAAUCCAUUGUGCAGUGUGAAAUAGAUGAGGUAAGUAAUCUCGAGGGUACAAAGAAAGUCAGUUUUACAGCCUUCCAUUCGGGCAAGCUGUAGCUAGCAUUUACUAGCCCUCAAGUCAUUUCAACUAGCCCCAAAACCCUUUUUGAUUAGCAGGAUUGAUUACAAUCCUUCUGUAAUUUGAAUUUCCUCAAAAAACAGCACUUACCCUUCGGGCAGGUUAAGAACAAAAUUUGCUAGCCCGAUAGCAAAAUCCACUAGCCCCGGGCUAUCGGACACGACUUUCUUUGCACACUGGUAAUGACAAUGACGUUACCUUACAAAUGAUUUAUAUAAAGAAGGCAGUAGGGUGCAAAGAAAGUCAGUUUUACAGCUUGCCAUUCGAUCAGGCAAGCGGUAGCUAGCACAUACUAGCCCAAAAGUCAUUUCAACUAGCCUGAAAAAAUUUUUGAUGAGCAUUGAUUACCGUUCUUCUGUAAUUUGAAUUCCCCCAAAAAACUUCAUUUGCCCAUCAGGCAAGUUAAGAAUAGAAAUCACUAGCCCAGUAGCAAAAUCCACUAGCCCCAGGCUAUCAAACACCACUUUCUUUACACGCUGAGGCAGGGUCACUUACCAAACGGGAGGCACAAGUGGCUAGCACCAACCUCAAGUCUUGUCAUAACUCUGUUUCAAAGGAUAUUACCAUUUUCACCCCUCUAUGUGUGUCUUUGAACCCAGGUAGGUACAUGUAUAAAUGGGUACAGAGGACAACCUUCCAGGGUUAAAUCCUGUAAUGCACAAGCAUCUCAUCAAGUUAGUUGGGGGUGGGGAAGGGGGUAGGGUGGUGGGAGUAGAGAUUCUCCUUACAGGAGUAAACAUUUUACUAAUUUCUUUGUAGAAGUCUUUGUGAUAAAAAGAAAAAAAAACUUAAUUCUUUGAUUUAAUCAGAUUUAAUUGCCACUAUUAAUGUUAAUUUUUGUUACUAUAAAUUGUAGUUUUCUUUUGCUUGUAAAUAUUUGUUGUUGUUGUUGUUUUUGUUACUGGUUAGCUACUGUGUUUUGUCUUAAAAUCCUUUUUCCUGCAUAUAUUCCCUUUAGCAACAUAACCUCAAAGCUACUAAGAUUCUCUUGCCCCUCCAUACCACUCCACACCCCACCAUUCCGCUCAGCUCAAUCCAAGAUGCUGAACACAUGUGUUGGUCGUCACAGAGUCAUUGUGUACUUACUGUCUUUUUUUUUAUCUGGCAGGAAGUGAUUAAUGUAUGUAAGAAGCAUUUACCAAAUAUGGCAAAGGGAUACAGUUCACCUAAACUGACUCAGUAUAUUGGGGAUGGCUUUGAGUACAUGCGGCAACAUGAAAAUGAAUUUGACGUUGUCAUUACAGACUCAUCAGAUCCUGUUGGUAUGUAUCAUCAUUAUCAUCAUCAUUGUCAUCGUAGUAUUCGUCAUCCCCCAAUUUGGGAGUAGGAAACGGGCAUGCAUAUGACCAAAUCAGUAUUGUUCAGUGUUGUUACAAGUUUUGCAUUUCCUGUUAGGCUUUUCACAGUCUGAUAACCCGCGACCGGCGAUGUCAAAAACGUCUUUGGAUUUCCUUUGGAUUUUGGGUUUUCUGUGACGUCAAUCAAAAUGUGAAGAAUCGGCGCUUUCUCGCCUUCACAUCUUAGCGGACCUCUUAGGAAACAGGUCAACGUUUGUGAUUGUGAUUGAUAUAUUUCGAUCCGUUUUGCGUGUUUCUAUGUUCCUUGCUUUUGAACUUCAGGGUUCGGUCGCGUGAUUUUGAAAAACAGCAAGUUUUACAUUUAUCGCUCUAAGUUUUUUCAUUUUCUUUUAUAUAAUGAAGCGUGACAAGUUUAGAUUGUUCCUGUAGAGCUUCCAAAUCCAGAAGAAACACAGAUAUGGGAAAGUGAAAACUAAUCAGUACGUUCUCCCUAACAUUUACUUUUGCAGCUUCUGCUCGUUAUUGUAGCUGCCGCCUUCAUUUCACAAACACGGUGGAUGCUACGGUAACGGUUUGAUUAACGUCGCUGAAAAACCCAAAAUCCUGAAACGUUUUUGACAACGUAGGUGGCGUGUUAUCCCAAACAGCUGUGAUUGUUGCUUGCAUUUUACUUCCUGGAGAACAUAUCUGUUGCAAAUUUGGAUUUUAACUGUAAAAGCAUCAUGUGAGAAUUGCUUUGUGUAUACAGGUAGUAUAUUGUAGCGACUCAGCAGUAAGCUGUGCCUCAUUUUCCUUGUUAAACCUUGUAACAUCAUCAAAACUUAAAGUAAAUUCUUCACUUUUUUCUUUUUUGUUAGGUCCAGCGGAGCCUCUUUUUAAAGAACCAUAUUAUGAGCUUCUGAAAAAGGCCUUAAAACCAGAUGGUCUCCUUUGUUCUCAAGGUAGUCGCGCAACUUUCAGUGUAGAUGCGCUUUUGGGUAGUACGUAAUAAGCUGUGCAAGGGAUAAAUUCCAUUCAAAAGCUCAAUAAUAAUUCGUAAAGAAAAAACAAUAGAAAUUAAUGUUUUUUGACUGUCUUUGUAUCUGAUAAAGACGCGGCUAAACUUUUCGUUCAAUUUUUUAGACCAUAAUAAUCCCAAAUCUAAAUAUUAGCACAAGAAUGAGUUGAUCUAUAUCACAGAAUUUGAGGCCGUUCAACAAACUCGCAGUCGUAUAUUAUCAUGUUGAAAAACUCGGGGCGACUACACUCCUGUUCGUUUUUUAAACAGUACUUAUAGCCCAUCCAUUAUCGCUUCUAAUCACUGUAGACUAGAUAUAUUGUGAAAAAAAAAUUUCCUUGCGAGAUAAUUUUGGCUUAUCUGUAAAAAAGCGAUUAUUUCAAAGCAGAACUGGUGUACAUUUGUUCAGUUGCUCUUGACUAAUAAAGACGAUCUACACCAGCAAGAUCAAGAAAAGCAACUUUAUCUAUUUAUUUUCUUCCUCACUGUUUUGCUUUUGGAUAGUUGUUAGCUUUGGAUGAACGUUGCGGAUAAUACUGUAUACCACUUAACUUUUUUUUGUAAAUGUGUCAACUAUGGAUACAAUACAAUGCCAGCUGACAAACAACCAAACGCUGCUUGAGAAUACACAUAGGUAUACAGCUAUUUCGAGAAAGGUUGUAGGAAAAAAUGUGCAGCGACAAUCCCGAAAGGUAAUAUGGGAUAUGAUCAAUACACUGUUCCUGACGACUGUAGCUGUCGAUCCUACUUUUAUUGCUUUCCUUUAGCACUCGCAAACACAUUUCCUUCCAGGAUUGUCGCAUGCACUUUUCCCGACAACCUUUCUCGAAAUAGCUGUAUACAACACCUGAAGAAGAAUCAUGAGGUUAUCCCUAUAAUUUAGAUCUCUUCUUACAGAUAACCCACCCAGCCCUAAACCACCAGGAGUCCCCAUUUUUCCUCAGGGAUAGUAGAGCGAUCGAAACGCGAGCGCGCGUGAAAAUCAUCGCCCGUGAGAAAGGCGAGACGCGAGGUAUUGUUGGCCACACCACCCAGGUCUACGUCCCUUACUCUUUUCGAACAGUGACUUGGGUUCCUUUACGUCCCACAAGCACCAGACAAGUGAAAGUGCUGUGAGACUUAACCUACGGUUUUAUAAUGUCCUUUUCCGGGGUGACUAGAAAGUCUAACCGUUUGCGAAUGUUAUUACAAUGGCAGUAUUUUCUUCUUGGUUAUUUAAAGGCCUUGAGUGCUUGUCCGGCCUGGGUUUGAACCCGUGACCUCACGCUCGGUAGACCGGCGCUUUCCUAACUGAAGUAAGCAGGCGUGGUGAGAAAUGCUAAAAAAAUCGUUUUAUGUCUUCUGUUGAUUAAUUUGCCUUUCUUGUUUAUUUACAUUUUUCAUAUUUUAUUAGGUGAAUGCAUGUGGCUUGAUCUACCGCUGAUUAAGUCUGUGUUAGAAUUCAGCAGAAGAUUAUUUCCUGUGGUUAGUUAUGGCUACACUACAAUACCCACCUACCCCAGUGGACAGAUAGGAUUUAUUCUCUGCAGUAAGAACAGGGUAGGAGGCAUUUAGAGUGAAUCGAUUCCUAUAGGCAUGUUUAGCGUAAAAACAGGACUGUAUUAUUCAGAACGCCAAGUAUAAUAGAGUUAAAUAAUUAGAGGAGAGAUUUUUCCCAUUCUCUUUAGAGAGUUUCCAGAUUUUGGAUAUGAAAAUAUGCAUUUUUUUUUCUUUUUUCCCCCUUCCUUAUCCCAUUUGCGUUUUCAUUUUUAGUUCACAAGAUUUGAUAAUCCAGUUACUGUAUUUACUGAUGAAGAACUUGAAAAAAUGGAGCUUAGAUAUUACAAUGUGGAUGUUCACAAGACAGCAUUUACCUUACCACAGUUUGCAAAAAAGGUAAUUUUUUAUUUCUCGUGUUAG